AUGCCUAAGUCAUCAAAGAAAGACUUAAGUGCUGAUGAUAUACAUCUGAUUGAACAAGGCACCAUUGGUCAGUCUGAGAAUGAGGCAUGGCACGAUUACAGAAAAGGCCAAUUAACUGCCUCUAAUUUCUAUAGAGUGUACACAAAAGUUGAAACCCUUAAAACUAAGGGGGGUGAUGCACAGGAACUAGUGGACACAAUCCAGGGUAAAAGUAAUGGACCGUCGGAACAUUUACCUGCUCUAAAAUAUGGAAGAAACAUGGAGAAAGUUGCUAAGGAUAAGUAUGUGAAACUGUUUCAGAGGGAGCACAAAGAUGCAAAAUUCAGAGAGUGUGGACUAUUUAUUGAUGAAUCUGACCAAUUCAUUGGAGCAUCCCCUGAUCUGCUUGUUGAAUGUUCCUGUUGUGGAUUAGGGGUGCUAGAAGUGAAGUGCCCUUAUUCUAUUGUUAAUGAUUUACCAUCAGAAGACAAUCUUUCCUACCUGGUAAAGAUUAAUGGCAAAAUUGUCUUGAAAGAGAAGCAUGCAUAUUUUGCACAGAUACAGGGACAAAUGGCUGUGACAAAGAGAACAUGGUGUCACUUCCUGGUCUACACCCAAAAGGGUUAUCAUCUGGAGCUAAUCAAGUUCAAUAAUGAUUACUGGGAAAAGAUAAAGCAAAACCUAAUUUGGUUUUAUAAUAAGUAUUUAAGUGAAUGAAUGCUCGUUAAUUAUAACUUGAUACAAAACUUUAUUUACAUGGUGUAAACACUAAAAAUACAUUUGUACAUUUUAUAUACAAUUUAGAAUUUUUACAAUUUCAUAUCUGGAAAAACUGGUCUGACAGUUCUAAAUUGAACUCAAAUAGUCUCUGAAUAGAACAGUAAAAUUGUCUGUUGUGGAAACUGGAAUGGAUGAAUCAAAUCAUGAAAUUUUAUACAAGUAAUGCAUUGACCACACUUCAGUAUGAUUGAAAAUGUUACAGUUUGAUAUUGUUUGCAGUUAUAUAUAUAGUAAUAAUAAAUAAUAUAUUAUUUAUUUGUGUUCAGCGACACAUG